AUGACGGGAGAGAGCAUCGCAGACUCGGUGCGAAAGUGCAUCGAAGACUUCCACUUCUUAGAACACGUAGACCACCCACUAGCUACAGACUCCAAUCAAAAAGCCAUACGCGAAAUCGUGGGGGAAGAAGCCCGUUUCAAGAUUUGGUCCGGAAAUAUCGGCGCGCACAGCACAGGACGGCGAUCGCUGCAGUACCGUCUUCGAGAUGCAUCCCAUUUGGAAGAGCAAGUCAAGUCGCUGCUGAAAGAAUCGUCUGAGCUUUUGGCGGAUGCAUACGCUAUCGCUAUUGGCGAAAAAGUCCCGUGGGAUCACAUCGAGGACGAUGGGUUGAGCGUGGGUUCCGACCCCAACACUGAAUCUGACGAUGUACCUGCAACCGAGAUGGAUCAAGUUUCUCAAAAUGUCUCUGACGUUAUCAAUUGCCUUCUACAACUGAGCGUCGCUAUCAGAAAUCCAGCUCCCCAUGAUCGCUUCGCCACAUUUGCUUCGAUCGACGCCUCUCAUUACGAACCAUACGAUAUUGAUCACGUCAGAUCGAAAUUCAGCAAGAUUGAGCCUUUUCUUGCUGAAAGGUUAGGUCGAGCAAUUUCGCGAAGAAGGCAGUACUUUAAAUACCGUGAAAGCCACCACUUGAAACUGUCCCAGGGACUCAACCGCCGAGAAACGAACGAUGAGAGUACUGUUGCUAGCUCUCUGCCUCGACACGCGAAAGUCGCUGGCUUCAACCCCGAAGCAGUGGACGAGGAUGAAGCAUCCGACUCGGGCAUCACACAGACUUCAUUUGUUUCUUCCCAUACAGGAGGUGACAAGCUUUGUGUCCCACCACUUCCCCGUGAAGCUGAGAACGGUCCCUUCGAGUGUCCUUUCUGCUAUAUGAUGAUCAUAGCCAGUGGCUCAUUGUCCUGGAAACGACAUGUUUUUGCUGACCUUCGGCCCUACGUGUGCCUUUCGAAAGACUGCACAGCAUCAGAGAUGGAGUUCAUGCGACGGCGCGAGUGGAUGUUGCAUGAGGUACAAAACCACUGGAGAGCAUAUCCCUGCCCGUGCGCGUGCGGUAUGGUCUUCAUGGCAAAAACACUGUGUCGAGAACAUGUCAACAAAAGUCAUCCUAAUGUUUUCCCCAAGAACCAAGUCAGUUCCAUAAUAGACCUCAGCUCCAAACCGAUUCAAGCCGAAGAUGGGAUUCGCUGCCUUUUGUGUCAGGAACUUGUUGAGUCAAUGAAAGAAUACCAGCGUCAUGUUGGUCGCCACCAGGAGCAACUCGCCCUCUUUGCCCUCCCAUCAAUGGAGACUGACGAUGACGAUGCCCAACCGGAGGACGACGUUUCUGAGAUGUAUAGUAAUGACUCUCCCGACAUCCUUCGAGAGCAAGCGACAAUAGAAGGAGAUCAAGGCAGCUUCACAAAGUCUCUUGAAGAUGAGAAUGGGGAUGACGCUUUCAUCAUCUUGGAAGGAGCUAGGGCGAACGUUUCCAAGGAGCCAAGCGCCCUCUCUCAGAAAGACAGCGAAAACGAGCGGGAAGCACCCGCCGGUUCGAAAUGGACCAAGAUAAGUCGCCGAGUUGUUAGUCCAGAAGCUCUAGAAAUUGGCAAGGAGAACUUUGAGCUCAGUGGAGACUUUCUUCUUGUGUUGAGAGUGCUUAGCCCGGAUGAAAUUAAGAGUUAUGCCUUAGCAACGCGGGUCCUUCGGGAAAGGAGAAAUCCUGAAGAGGAUGCCAUCAGCGAUACUAUGUAUGAAGCCGAAAUGCAAUCGAAGGAGCCCGGCAAAGGACGCCCACCAUCAACCAUGCCAGUGGAGCUUUUGAGAAUGUCUGUAAAUAAGACAGAAGCGGGAAGCGAGGUGAAGACUGGCGAAGUGGAACUCUUAGAAGAGCAGGGCGAAAUGCCCUUUUCACUAGAAAGACCCGGGGACUUGAACCAGAAUGAGACCACAAGCUGUAUCAGCGAUCGCAGUCAGUCUGAUCGCCAUAGCGUCCGUCCAACUUCUGGGGACGCAGUUCUUGUCGCAUAUCUCGACAACGGACGCGAUCCUGAGAUCGCUCGCGCAGCCGGUCGCGAAAGCCUUCCAUGCGAUGAAGAAUCUCUAGAUGAGGAUGCACCAGAUAGACAAGUGAAUAUGGAUCUUAUCAGCGGGCCGUCGCUUCGGCAUCUCGCGGCGGAGCCAAGCUCGAGUUCAAGAGAUUCUCAAAGAAUUACAAGGGAUGAAGAGAUGUCUCAACUGAAAAUAGAGGAGGGCGGACCGAGCAAGCAAGACGAAGAAGAUGACUACCACGACUUGUAA